CACUAUGGAGUAAGGGUAGCCUUGAGCUGCGCUGAUCACAUGCGGUUUACCGUCGAAAAUGGUUGCCUGGUUCUUGACGUCGUCGUUAUCACAAGCUCUCUUGCACUUACCAGGUACACACUUGGCAUUUCUUUCGGAAUGGUCUAUUAAGGCAGUUGAGAUGCUGACUUUGCUUCUCAUGGUGCUCACUCCAAUAUAUAUCAGGUACCCAGCCGCGUCCUUGCAUAGUUAUACGAUAGCGACGUCACGUCGGAGAAUUGUAUGUGAGCUGUACUGAGGGGAAAGACUCGCAACCACGACUGAACCCGCUUUGUCUUGAGACUGUUCAGUAACG